UAAGGUGGAUAAUAUGCUAGUUCAUGAGACAUUGAAAAUACACCGGGUGCAUGAAACUAGUUCUCCACUUCACCGGCGUGCCCAGGAAAUGCAGGGCCUGCGCGGGUAGUAACAAGUCAAACUCGUGGUCGGACCCGUCGCAUGAAGACACGGGCUGCGUCGCCGGUGACCGGUUAGUUUACAAUGCCACCGGCGGUAGCCGGUGACCUUUCAUCAGACGGCGGAGAUUUCCCCGAAGCGGCAGGUUCCUUGAAGCUUCGAGGGAGAGGAGAGCGGGGAUUUUUCUUUUUUUUUUUUUAGACCCCUUUUUAAUCAACCGCUGUUGGUUAUUAAUAGGCGUGCGACGCCUCUCGCCGCUCCCUCCACAGAGAAGCUCCGAGUGCGCUCUCUCUCUCUCUCUCUCUCUCUCUCUCUCUCUCCACCUUAUCUUCUUCGUCGUCGAGGGUUUCAUUGAGGUAAGCUUCUCUCCCUCUCUCUCUCUCUCUCUCUCUUCUCCUCGCUUUUUACCAUAAUUCGAGCACCAUCAACAUGAUUUCGAUUCGGGCGUAGCAGUAACCGAAGGAUUUCGACAUGAUCGGUCUCUACUUCGCUCGUUGUUGCAUUCGAUUUCUCGUCUUCUUCAUCGAUCUCUAGGGUUUAGUCUCGCAGUUUAAUGCAUCUUUGUUCACUUGUUCGAGAUCCUUCGUUUUGUUUCAAUCGCUUUUUUUUUAGAAAUAUUUUGUUUCAAUCGCUUUGAUUCCGUGAAAACUAGUAGUUCUCAUAGCUUAAGCUGUGGGAUUAGGGUUAGGAAUCGAAGUUCAGAGGGAGGAGGCGGAGGAGAUCGAUGGUGAUGGGGGAUUACCGAGGCGUCGUCUCCGGGUUCGACUACGAUCUCCCGUUCUCGCACCAAUUCGCCAUGAACAAUGGCUUUGAUUACGACGAUCUCCAGCAUAUCGUACCUCAGAGCACCUUCUUCGACCACAAUCCCGCUCCCGUUCUCUCCACCCCUGUUUCUCAGACCCCAAACCCUCCUGCUGCCGCUUCGGGGCCUCAGGUGGAUCCCUCCGACGAUUCGGAGAUCUUCUCCGACAUCGUCCUCAGCUACAUAGGCCGGAUGCUGAUGGAGGAGGACAUCGACGAGAAGUUCGAUCAGUACCCGGAGCACCCUGCGCUUCUCGCCGCCGAGAAGCCCUUCCUCGAGAUCCUCGGUGAGCAGCUCCCACCCUCGCCCGAUCAGCCGCCGUUGUAUUCGAAUUCCGAAAGCCCUAAUGAUAGCUCAAGCAACACCAAUGGGAACCUCAAUGGUGUAGGAAGUGGUGGUUUUGUGGUAGAUAAUAGCAGUAACAACAACACCUGGCCUUAUGAUCCUGUCGAGUAUUAUGAGCUACAAACUCACCCCCUUUUUAUUGAUUACUCUUCUCAAUCUUCUUUCUCCUCCACAAAUAGUAAUGGAAAUCCCUUAGAGGGCUUAGAAGAGACUCUGUUGAGCACAAAUCCGGUUCCCGAUCUCUUAAUCCAAACUCAACCUGCUUUGCAAUUCCAGAGAGGGUUAGAGGAGGCAAGCAGGUUCCUUCCUGAUGAGAAUAAGUUGGUAAUCGAUCUAGAGGCAAAUGGAUUCUAUUUACCUGCGGAAAUCAAACAAGAAAGUAGAACUAAAUUGGUCGAGGUCAAGGCCGAGAAGGAGGAAUAUUCUAUUCACAGGGGGAAGAAGCACCUCCACAGCGAGGAUUUGGAAUUCGAAGAAGGGCGCAGCAAUAAACAGUCUGCCAUCUAUACUGAAGAGGCGGUCCGCGAGAUGUUCGAUAAGGUGCUUCUGUGUAACGGAGAGACGUGUUCAAAGGGCGUUAAAGAGCUUCGAGAAGCACUGCGGAGUGAAGCGACGAAGCACUCGCCGAGCAACGGGAGUCAUUCCAAGGGGUCGGGCAAUGGGAAGGGCCGCAGAAAGAAGCAUUCGAAGAAAGAGGUGGUGGAUCUCAGAACUCUUCUCAUUCACUGUGCACAAGCUGUGGCCACCGACGACCGUAGAAGUGCAAUGGAGUUAUUAAAGCAGAUCAGGCAACACUCGUCGCCUAAAGGAGAUGCUAACGAGCGGUUGGCAGAGUGCUUCGCUAAUGGGCUCGAGGCCCGUCUGGCCGGCACGGGUAGCCAGAUCUACCAAUCGCUCGUUGCAAAGCGGACCCCCGUCCCUGACAUUCUAAAAGCUUACCAGCUCUACAUGGCUGCAUCCCCUUUCAAGAAGGUCUCCCAUUUCUUCUCCAACCAGACCAUCCUAAAUGCCGCUGAAAAAGCCAAAACAGUGCACAUUAUAGACUAUGGCAUCUACUACGGCUUCCAAUGGCCCUGCCUCAUGCAACGGCUCUCUAGCCGGCCUGGUGGGCCUCCCAAGCUUCGGAUAACCGCCAUCGAUUUACCACAACCAGGCUUCCGGCCCGCGGAGAGGAUUGAAGAGACGGGCCGCCGGUUAGCUGACUACGCUCGAACCUUCAAAGUUCCUUUCGAGUAUCAUUUGAUUGCAGCGAGCUGGGAUACGAUACGGAUCGAGGAUCUCAAUAUCAAUAAAGACGAGGUCCUGAUCGUAAAUUGCCUCUACCGAUUCAGGAAUCUGUUGGACGAGACUGUCACGGUGGACUGCCCUAGAAAUGCAGUCUUGAACACCAUCAGAAAGAUGAACCCUGAUGUCUUCAUUCACGGGAUAGUGAAUGGGUCGUACAGCGCCCCCUUCUUCGUAACGAGAUUCCGGGAAGCCCUUUUCUUUUUCUCUGCGCUCUUCGACAUGCUAGAAACGAACGUCCCUAAAGAGGAUGAGCAGAGGCUUCUGAUCGAACGGGAUCUUUUUGGAAGGGAGGCACUGAACGUGAUAUCUUGCGAAGGGACGGAACGGGUGGAGAGGCCCGAGACAUAUAAGCAGUGGCAGGUGAGGACCCUGAGAGCGGGAUUCAAGCAGCUGCCGCUGAAUGGGGACAUCGUAAGGAAGGCGACGGACAAGGUUACGUCAUGCUAUCACAAGGAUUUUGUUAUCGACCAGGAUAAUCGGUGGCUUCUGCUGGGGUGGAAGGGCCGGAUCAUCUACGCCCUAUCGACGUGGAAAUCAAAUACUGCUUCUUAGCUUGAUUCUUCUUCGUGUUCGACGAUAUUCAUUCAUAGUAUAUGCUGUAAAUGGAGUUUAGUCUCACCUCCCCACCUAAACCAACGGUGAUCCCGCUGACCAAUUACAGAGGGUCUUUUGGUGUUAAUGCAGGAUGAAGCUUCCAAAAUGAUCAGAAUUUAUUGCUAGUUUUUUCUAUUAUUGAUCAACAUAGGGAAGGGGAAGCAGAGAAGUUCAUUUAGCUUAUUCCUCUCAGUAGUUUAGUCCAAACUUUUUGCUAAAUGAAUCCAUGUUUUUGUAGAUCAGGGUGUAGCAUUCACUGUAAUGAUCUAUUAUAUUAAUCUUUCUCAUUUGGUCUUAUUA